AUGUCACAGUUAUUUGACCCCUUGGGUCUGGUCGGUCCAGUGGUGGCCAGUGCGAAGAUGUUUGUGCAGCGAUUAUGGCAGGAGAAACUUAGCUGGGACGAAAAGCUGCCGGACAUUCUGCAAUCAUGGUGGCUGUCCUUCCGAGCAGCAAUUGGUAUCGUUCGGAAUCUUCGAGUCCCUCGGUGGGUGUUCGAAGAGAGUGCAAAGAGCUACGAGUUGCACUGUUUUGUCGACGCUUCUUCCAAAGGGUAUGGGGCGUGCAUCUACACGGUAUCAACAGGACCUUCCACUAAACGAACAAGCCAUUUGCUCAUAGCAAAAUCACGUGUUGCUCCAGUAUGUGGUUAUUCCAUCCCUCGGUUGGAACUCUGUGCAGUUGUACUGGGAAGCCAGUUGGCUGAUACCAUUCGUAGAACAACCAAGUUUGACUCUACGGUCACGUUCUGGUCAGAUUCAUCGAUCGUUUUGCACUGGAUUGAUUCACCACCGUCGUCCUGGAAGAUAUUCGUGUACAACCGAGUAUCGGUGGUCCAGAAACUCACACAAGGAUCCCAGUGGCGGCACGUUCCAACCCUAGAAAAUCCCGCCGAUCGUAUAUCUCGCGGGGUACAACCAGAUGAUACCAAGAACGAUGCACUGUGGUGGCAUGGGCCGUCCUACUUGCUGAAUGAAGUGGAAUCGUGGCCAACUCCGAUAAUUCCAUUGACGUCGACCGACAUUCAGCAGCAGACACCUGAGCAGCGGCAAACGGUUGUACUCCUAAGUGUCACAUUUGACGAUUCACUAAUCCACGAUUACUCACAACUGUCGCAUCUUAUCAAAGUUGCUUCAUUCUGUCAACGUUUCGCAAAAAACUGCCGAUUGCCGAGGAUGGCUCGUACAGUGGGACCAAUCACUCCGGUCGAAUACGACAGUACUUUGAAGUCACACAAUGAUCAAGAACGGAUGGCCCUGCGAAAGGCUGACUUCAAAUCACCAUUAAAAGACCUUGAUGUGUGGAUCGAUGACACCGGUCUUCUCCGAUUGAAUGGACGGCUAGCAAACUCACCUGGAUCCUUCGACAGCCGCCUCCCGAUCAUACUACCGGCCGACCACCACCUUUCAAGAUUGAUCACCAACUCCGUUCACCAUCAAACACUGCAUGCAGGACCCACACAGCUCCUGGCAACAAUCCGUCAGCGCUUCUGGUCAAUACGCGGAAGAGAUCUAGCUCGAAGGACAGUCCACCAUUGCGUGACUUGUUUUCGUUUUCAUCCCCCAGCAAGCAAUCAGUUUGUGGCUCCACUACCAUCAAGCCGUGUCACUGCAGCGAAAGUAUUCGAGCAUACGGGGCUGGAUUACUGUGGGCCGUUUUUCGUUCGACCAUUGGCAGGCAGAGGCGCGUCGGUAAAAGUCUGGGUCGCAGUGUACGUCUGUUUCGCCGUAAAAGCCGUAGUCCUCGACAUCGUCGCCGGGUUGUCGACGGAGUCGUGCGUCAAUUCGUUGAGGCGCUUCGCGAGUCGUGUCGGGCGUGUUCGUACAAUACACUGCGACAACAGCACUACGUUCGUCGGAGCGCGUCGAGAAGUUAUGGAGAUGCGACAAGCUUUGGUUGAUCAACUCAACGGCACUGCAUGGACCACCGAAUGUUUGGAGAAAGGCAUCGAGUUCCAGUUUAUUCCACCACGUGCGCCGCAUUUCGGCGGCCUAUGGGAGGCUGCAGUAAAGGCCUUCAAGCGGCAUUUCUGGAAGAUCAUCGGAGCAGCUCCACACCACUACGACGAUAUGCGCACAGUUGUUUCCCAAGCUGAAUGUAUACUGAACUCCAGACCAUUGACGCCUCUUUCCAACGACCCGCAGGAUCUCUCUGUCCUGACACCCGGCCAUUUUUUGCUAGGAGAGUCCCCCUUUCAUUUGCUGGAGGCAGACCUUUCUCAGGUGCCAACCAAUCGUCUCAACCAUUUCCAGGCCACACAACGCUCCGUCAAAAAUCUCUGGAAGCGUUGGUCCACGGAAUACAUCGGGCUUCUCCACCAACGGCCAGCUAAGUGGAGGAAAUCCCCAACCGAGUUUCACGUCGGGACCAUGGUCUUGAUGAAGAAAGAUAACAUUCCUUCGAUGCAAUGGCCCCUUGGCAGAGUUGUGGCCAUCUAUCCCGGAAGUGACAACAUCGUGCGCGUAGUGGAUGUGCGCACGCAGCUAGGUAUUCGACGCCGUGCAACAUCUGAACUAUGCGUCCUUCCCAUCGAAGAUCAGGAUCCAACGAAGGCACACGAUUGUGAAACCGUCACCACCAAAUCUUCUUGA